AUGGACAAGUCUCUUGCCUCUCGCUGCAAGGAGCUUCUGCAGUUCCUCUCUUCGACCUCAGGCGAUCUCGCCAACGUCACCGGCCCGCCAUCCAUGCUCGCGCCCAUGUCCGUCGUCGAAGUCGGCCGGUGCUGGGCCCAACGACCCGCCGUUUUUGCAGCACCUGCACUUGAGCCCGCCGCCGAUCGCCGCUGUCUGCUCGUCUUGCGCAUGGUCCUCAUUGCCCUGCGCUCACAAAUGUACGUCGGCGGCUCGCCCUCGACAAGCAUCAAGAAGCCGCUCAAUGCGUUUUUGGGCGAGCUGUUCCUCGCCGAGUGGACGGACGAGAAGACACAUGGCGUGGAGAGCAGGAGCCCGUCGGCACGAAGCAGUCUCUCGAGCCAGCACCAAGAGCCUGGCCUGAGCCGCAGCACAACCAUCUCUUCCUCCGCCACCAACUCCACCAACACCACCACCUCCUCCACCUCGUCGUCCUGCGCCUGUGGCACCGACCGCAUAACCACCCGUCUUGUCGCCGAGCAGGUCAGCCAUCACCCGCCCAUCACCGCCAUGCACAUUUCCGACGACGUCCACGGCGUGCGUGCCGACGGAUACGCCCGCGUCGAAAUGACCUUUUCGGGCAGCGUCCAGGUGCGCCAGGUUGGCCACGCGGUGGUGCGCGUUGAUGCGUACGAUGAAGAUUACCUGAUUCCCCUGCCCGUUAUCAAGGUGCGCGGCUUCUUGUCCGGCCGCUUGUAUCCUGAAAUCACCGAAACCUACCACGUCGUCGGCAGCAGCGGCUACACGGCCGAGAUCAAGUUUUCCGGCCAGGGCCUGGCUUGGGGCGGCACGCGCAACGCAUUCACGGCCAAGGUUUUCGGCCCCAGCGAGCCCGGCAGCACGAAGCGCGACGUGCUUUACACCAUUGAGGGCGUCUGGAGCAAGGGCUGGACCGUCCGUGACGCGCGGUCCGGCGCUGUGCUCGAGACAUACGACGUCGACGCCCCCGAGAACAAGCCCGCACCCAUUGAUCUGCCCGACACUGCCACCCAGGACCCCUGGGAGUCGCGGCGUGCCUGGGCGGGUGUGCUCGACGGUCUCGGCAAGGGCGAUCUGAGCCAGACCGUUGCAGAAAAGUCCAAGAUCGAGCAGGCCCAGCGCCGCAUGCGCGCCCGCGAGGCCGCCGCCGGCGAGGUCUGGACGCCGCUCUUUUUCAAGAAUGCCGAGCACGACGGCGAUGCCGUCUUCCACCGCUUGGCAGCGGCUGCGGGUGCCGCCGGAACACACUUGCAGCUGCACGACGACCGCACCAAGGGCGUCUGGCGUGUCGACGACAACAAGAUUAAGAACCUGCAGCGACCGUUUCGCGCCGGCCUGACACCGCUGGGCGAGCAGGCGUAA